AUAUUUCUUCCUUUGCCUUUCAAACCACAAAACCAUAAAACCAUAAAAAUCUACAAAAACUGCAACUUAUAAUAAACCAAAAUAAUAAUGAGCCAAUUAAAGACCUUUACUCUUCCACCAUCAAUCCUCACUUGGCCUCUGGAUGAAUAUGAAGAAGACUGUAUGACCUCGGCUAGUUCAAAACAAUCCUGCGAUUACCACCCUACUGAACCGCGCUGGCCCUUGCCUUAUAUCCAACAAUACGCUUCCAUUCCCUCGGCAAUCUUGGAAACCACCAACAAUUAUAUCGACACUAAAAACACAAUAUCUCUUUCAAUACCUCUUCCUACUCGUCCUACUCGUCCUACUCGCCCUACUCGCCCUACUCCGUCCAAGCUUGUUUUGAUUUUGAUUUUGAUUUUGAUUUUGAUUCAAGAAAUUGGAAUCCAAAUCCAAAUCAAAACCAAAAAAAAAAAAAGAUAAAGAGGAAAAUAAGAAUAAGAAUAAGAAUCAAACUGUAUAUAGCUUAGCAUUUUCUAUCUGUCUAUCUUUCUCCCUGUAU